AUGGGCAAUCUGCUACAGGUUACAACGGUACCAGUUGGCAGUGUGUACAGCGACCAAAUCAUUGAGGUCGCCUCGAGCGACAUCUCAUCUAUCUGUAGUUGGAGGAUGAAUCCAGCGUUGCACGUUCAACCUAUUGGGGCGACAGCAUUUCCAUUCAACUUUGACGAUCUCAAUGGUCCGAUUCCAGCUUCGGCGUAUACAUGUAUCCCGCAAUGUCUUGCUGGCUGUAGUUCCAUUGUAUCUGAAAACUGGCUGGCCGGUUUGGGACUUGCGGUCCCUACCCAGAUCCAGAAGAUCGAUCCAGCUUGGGCUAGCUGUGUGCCUUAUUUCCUAGGCGUUCCCGAUCCACCUAUUGCCCUGAGUGGCGUUGACAAUUUCUUGUCAACGGCCGAUGCACCACCUAAAACUAGCGAUGCUGCACCGGGAACUACGCCUGAAGCGGUCGUGACGGCCACGAACGAUCCAAAGCCAACAAGCCGGCCUAAUUUUCCGAACGAUCCCAGCUCUCCGCAGAGUACGAAAGUUUCGAACAAUGACCCUCCGAACGGUCGGCCAAAUGGUAGUAAUCCGAACGACCCUGUUAGCAGUGCUCCUGCAAAAGACCCUCCGAACAAUGAAACGCCAAAUGGACGGGAUCCUACGCACGAACCAGUUGCCGCCAUGCCUGUAUUUGUGUCCUUCACUCGAACCACGCCAAUUCCACAACGAACAGCUACAGCUGGGCGAAAUACUCCCACUUCAGCCAUCGCUGCCAUAGGAGGAUCUCCCAUCGAGAUCGAUCCCAGUAACCCAAGCGCCAUCAUCAUUGGAGAUCCCGGGGCUCCAGACUCUCAUACCCUCAGCAUCGGCGACACUCCUCUAGUCAUCUCCGGCACCACUAUCUCUGUCGCACCCACCGGUGGCGCCCUUAUCAUAUCUGGCCAAAGUAAGCUCAUACCUCUCGGCACCGUCAGUGGUGAAACAAUAUGGAGAGAUCCGUCUCGUCCGGAAGUGGUGCUCAUCGGUGAUCCAAACUCAUCGGAGCAGAUGCAAACGCUGAGCCUGAGUGGCAAUGCUGUUGUCAUCUCUGGCACUACUGUAUCUCUAGCUCAACCAACGGGAGGUGCGACAGUUCCUGUUACUACGUCUAUCAUGGGCCUAUCACUGGUGCUAGACCCACCUUCUGGUACUCUGAAGGUCAAUGGCGAGUAUGUUCUGCAGCCAGGCAGCGCGCAAAUCUCGGUGAACGGACACGCCGUUUACUUUGACCCGAGCGGACAGAAUGUUGUCAUCGAUGGCGUUAGCUAUGCCUUCGCAGACCUGCCGCACCUCGUAAUUGGAUAUGAUGACGUUACGAGUACGUUGAGGGCCGAUGGCUACGCUGCGGUAACUUCUGCUCCUACCGAAAGAUCCGAUACUCAGUCUGUAUCUAAGUCGACAAUUAAGCCUACCAGAGCCUCGAACUCCAAUACGGAACGUCCUCUAGAUUCUGAAAGCGCCGGCGAUACCACGAAUGAGAGCUCGCCAAUCGAUACAGCAAAACCAGGUGCUGCUGCCAGAUCGUUGUUAUCGUACUGGCUACCAAGCUCAGGGCUGCUACUAUCGAUGAUGCUCACAGAUGCAGCUUGGAUUUGA